AUAUAUAUAUAUAUACACAGUAGAGCUUCAAGGCAGUAGUGCAUGUGGUAAUUAUUUAUUAAUAAAGUGGACUCGCGACGAGAAUCAAAACCACACAAAAUGGCUGCACACGGUCGCCUCAGGUGUGCUGAGGAUGAGGCGUCUCUCUUUUUGUUUUUUUUUUACUUUAAAAUUGUCUUUUUAUUCUUCAAAAGACUGAAACAUGGAGACACCGAGGACACACAAACACACUCAUCCUGAAAUAAUAUAUGGCAGUUGUUUUUUGACUGUUUUGUUUAGCGAAAGCAUCAAAGGCUACACUUUUAUCGUUGUGUUUGUUUUACAGGUUGUAAAAUGAAAAGAAUGUGUUGAAGUCACUGCAAUGCAAUUCAGGAGACGUUGACUCCGUGUUUUGUUUUUUUCCCACAAAGCCUGGAUAGAUUUUCACAAACUUCCAGUGUUUUCCACCAAAGUCAUUUUUCUUGCACUGUACUUCAAUCUUGUUCCCGAUUUUCAUUGUUGACCUCUGUGAUCUCACUUUUUUUUAAAAAACAUUUAAUAGCAGCUCUAUCUCUCUCUUAAUUAUGCUAUUUAAUUUAAAAAUCCAGUGAUUUAUUUAUGCCGUCACAGCACAUAACAAGAAAUCAAAAAUGAUUCAAUACAAGAAUGUAAUUUAUCGUUCGUAGUUUUUGGUUUUUCCUCCUCCUCACUUAUUUGCCUUUCCUUCUUUUUCCGCAUAGAUUUAUAAGUUUACAACUCUUCAAGAAAAUGUUAAAAAAACAGCAAAACAUUAUUUCCAAGACACAUGAUUUCCAUGGGCAAAAGUGAGAGCACAUGUUUUUGUAUAAAUGUUGGUGCUUUGUUGAAUAAAAAGUUGUUUUCUUAACACCGAAUGUUCACUCGCCAUGUGUCGGAAAGAUUUCACGCGUCUCUGUACUCGUUUGUAAUGUAAGAUUUAUUACUUUUUUAUGUUUUCACUCACGAGAACACUGUCAACAGUGGUGGAACCUAUUGUCUUCAGUUGUCUACUUCACAUAAUUAUUAUAUCCGUAGUAACGUUGCUAUAGUUAUGUCUGUGUGACCCAGGGCACCAAAGGGGAAAAGGGAAGCAAGGGGGAGGCCGGUUUGCAAGGGCCACCAGGGAUCCCGGGGAGACCAGGACCAGUGGGUCCCAAAGGAGACUCGAGGCUCGGUCCUCCAGGCAGACCUGGGCAGCCAGGCCCACCGGGCACCCCAGGUUAUGGGAGACCUGGCGUCAUGGGUCAUCCUGGGCCACCAGGGCCUCCCGUGCAUAAAAACUCUUGAAAACUUUGCAUGGAGGUGUAACAUUUGAACAAAAACAACCGCGAGCACUGCUGGGUCAAAGGUUGUGUCAACAGACUCUUCAGUCACAUUUUCCAUUCCAAAGGUCCCGUUUGUGUUGUUGAUGACGUUGGCGGCUGCCGGCGCUCAGUCUUUCCACUUUGGCGCCUGCCCUCAGCCUUCUGUUCAAGACGACUUCAACAUCACAAAGUAUAUGGGUACGUGGUAUGAAAUAGAGAAGCUGCCAGCUGCGUUUGAAAGAGGGAAAUGUGUCCAAGCGACAUAUUCUCUCCUCGGUGACGGGACGGUCAGCGUUCACAAUGCAGAGUUGCUGUCUAAUGGGAAGAUAAAUGCAAUUGACGGCGUCGCCAGAGUUAAAGACCCAUCUCAACCUGCCAUUCUUGGAGUCAGCUUCUUUAAAGGUGUUCCUGAUGCGCCCUACCUGGUGCUCUCCACAGACUACCAGUCGUAUGCCCUGGUGUACUCCUGCAACGGCUAUUUCGGCGUGUUCCACAUCGACUUUGCCUGGAUCCUGGCUCGCACUCGGGUGCUCACGGAGGAAAUCAUCAGCCAGUCGCGUGACAAGUUGGCAGCCGCUGGUGUUGAUGUCGACCGUAUUACAAGAAGCAACCAGACAGGCUGUGACAUCAUGACCUAAAGCAGGAGUGAUAACAUUUAGCAGGUUAAAGUUUUGUGUCAAUGUGUUGUGUUAUUGAGAAACUUGUAUUGUUGUCAUGUAAUAAAUGUGGCUAUAGUGCACAGAAAAUAAGGUA